AUGUACUUCUACUAUGGCCUAGCAAAGACCAUUGCCCUCACACAGGGCGCCUCGACAUUAGUAGUACACAUGGAGGACAGAGAAGAUCCCAAGGAAGUAACAGGACUCGGUCGCGGCCCUAUAUCCGGAGAGGUAAACGUCGGCUGUCACCUCGGGCCGUCUGGCAAUACUACCUGCAGCAACAAAGGCGCCACAUACAGAUACGUCGAUGACCCGAGCACCAUCUUUACCGUUGAGAAGUUAGACGAAGCUCCUUUUACUAAGAGUGUCGGCCCGGAUCCUUGCAUAAUCACCUUGAUCGCUGGACUAGAGAAGCUUCCCGUGUCUACAGCUUGUGCCUUGCCGUCGCAAACCGCACUUCCUUCAGCUGGGCCGUCUUCCUCCUCAUCAGGAAUGGGAUCUCCUUUGUCUCACCCAUCGGCCAACGCCACAUCGGUUAUCAUGACGGGAAACGCGCGUCCUCUGGUAACGCCAAACGCUGCUGCCGUGGCGGGCCUUGUCGCUCUGGUUGGCGUGGCUGCUCUGUAA